UGUGUAUCUUGUAAAUAAAUAAGCUGUCAAACUAUGUUGAAUGACGUUUGGAGGUAAUCAAAAAUCGUCCGCUUGUGGUUGUGAAAUAUCAAUAAACAUGUCAUCACCGGCCGAUCGCCAUUAUCCGUUUGACUCGCCGGAAAACAAGGACGGAGCACCACUCUACAACAGCACCGAUGGUUUUCUUCCGCUCGGCUUCAGUACGCCUCAACAUCGAAGCACAACGCAAAACAGUGCGCACAGUCGAAACUACUAUACGGCUCAGCCGAAAUAUAUGCUUCCUCGCCCGAGAGGGUACCAGCACCGAGGUCGCAAUCCUCAGCAGAAUAGCGCAGCAGCACCACCAGAGAAUUCCUCUCCCGGGAAUGAGGAUGGUCCAAGCAUUGGUCCCCAGGAACGAAAAAAUUUCGAAACGAAACGUCAUUGGAAGGGUAACUUUAAUAACUACAACCAGCAGCAUAACCGCCAGAGGCAGAGGUUUGGUUUUGGGCAUCAGAGCAAAGGUAAUAGCAGAUAUAACAUAAAGGAUUACUUUCACCCUUCGAUGCUGGAAAAUCCUUGGGAACAUUUAGAGCGAAAAAGUCAGCAGGAUAAGGUCGAAAAUGAUGAUGACUCCAGUGAAGCUGGUGGAGGUGACGGUAGCAGUGGAGCAGGAGAGGACUAACGGGUUUUUGGAAUGGAUUUUGGCGAUUGAUUUGCUUGACGAGUGAGUUGUUAACAUGAAUAUAU